AUGGCUAAUCCCUGGUCCGAAUUCGAAACCAGUCUCGAACUCGAAGAGAAAGCGUGGCACCUCCUAGCGCUUCUGCUUCGAAUCGGCCACGCCGUUUACCCUCAAAACCUCGCAUCUCAAUGUCGUUUAUUCACAGCUUCACCGGAUUUCAUCUGCCACGUCACCUCUCUCACCGGUUCUCCUCUCUCUGUUACCGAUAACGGACUCGUCACCCCCUCCGUAAACGCCGUUUUCGCUCUCGGAAGUUUCUUCUCUCUCCAUUUCCCUCGUUCGCAAACGCACUGUUUCAGAAAACGCAAAUUGCUUUUCUCAACCGCCGAAGAUGGAAGAGCUUACAAGAGAUUAGCAAUUAGUAGUGGAGUUCAAGAAGUUUCUUUUCAGAGUUUUCCUGAUACUGUAAAGGCUGUGAUGAGAAGAAAUUUCCCUGCCAUAAAAUUUGAACCACCGAAUAUAAGUAGAGGGAAUUUUGUAUUCCCCUUGCGUAUUGAAUCUAUUGAUACGAAUGGAGAGUGUUCAGGUUGUUCAGUGCCAAAUUUUAAACAUAGGGAAGCUAAUAAUGAUGCCAGCACUAGUAUGUCUCAUGGAGAGGUUUCUAGAUCUGUGACUAAAGCUAGUGAUAGUUUGUUCAUGACUGGAAGUGCCAUAAAUUGUUGGAAGCUAGCGAGCAUAGAUAGAUUCAAGGAAUGUAAUCUCUUUGUGAACCUUGCUCUGCCAACUUGUUUCCAAGAUACCUCGUUAUGCCAUGGUGGUGGUGUUGGUAGCAUUGAGUUCUGGAAGAAAAUGGAUUACUUUGACACAUUUAGGCAUGGAUAUCCUGAACAGGACAUUAUCCAUUCUGUGGACGUGGAUGGUUUAUGUAAAAGUAAUACAUACAAAGAUCCAAGAAGAGAAUCCAAUGAAGAUGACAAAAUGGAAAUUGGUUCAAAGAAAGGGCUGAUUGGUUCUGACACAAAUAGAGAUAAGGAAGAUGUUGCUCAGAUGGUCAAUCCUAUUCCACGUGGAGAAGAAUUGACUAAUGGUUCGGAACAAACAAACCUUAUCCAUGAAAUAAACUUGGAAAAAAAUAAGAGUGGGAGAAACACUAAGUCUACUUAUAAAUCAGCUCAGUCCACUGCAAGUCCAAAGCAGCUUUUAAAAUCUUCCAGCAUACUAAAGGGAGGGCAGAAGAAUGAUCUGCACCCGAAGUCACAAAUUCUCAAAGAGUCACUAGCCUGCAAUAAAUUUGAUAAUGUUCCCAAAAAUGUUGAUCGAUGUAAAAAUGAUCAGAAACUUAUUACGAGGAAGCAAAAUCGUAAAGAAAACAUGGCAGGAAGUGUUUCCACGACUCCCAAGGUGGAGAAAAAAGUAUAUCCAUCUUUUGAAACUUUUACAAUAGAGGAAGAAGAAGGUUCAGGUGGUUAUGGUACCGUUUACCGUGCUCAAAGAACUACUGAUGGAAAAAGAGUUGCAAUAAAAUGUCCUCAUAAUAAUGCUCAUAAAAACCACGUAAAUAAUGAGCGGAAUAUGCUCGAGCGUUUUGGAGGUAAGAACUUCAUAAUAAAGAUUGAAGGUUCUUUCAAAAAUGGCAACAGUGACUGCUUUGUUUUAGAACAUGUUGAGCACGACAGACCUGAGGUUUUGAAAAAAGAAAUUGAUAUAGUUCAGCUUCAGUGGUAUGGGUAUUGCAUGUUCAGGGCCCUUGCUUCCCUGCACAAGGAGGGAGUGGUUCACAGAGAUGUUAAACCUGGAAACUUCCUUUUCUCUCGAAAGCUAAACAAAGGCUAUCUUAUUGAUUUUAACCUUGCCAUGGAUUUGAAGCAGAAGUACAACAUUGGAAGUAAAUCAAAACCAAUCCUUGAUACGUUCAGUAAUGUUCCCCUCUCUUCUGGUACUUCUCCACUGGUCCAAGACAAGAAACUUGGUGGAAGCAAGUGUUUAACAUCUAAUAAAAGGGUGCUGGCAGAUUAUAAGAAUUAUUCUGAACUUAAUAGGCAUGUGAAGCAAAAGGCUUAUGCCGGUUCUCUGAAAAAUUGUCCUGAUAAGGCUGCUGGGAGUUUACUUAGAGCACAAGGAACAGAUGGCUCGGGUAUAACCUCUGCCAAAGAUGUUACUAGCACUAGAACUGCUUCUGCAGAGAGGCUCAGAGAACCCAUACCUUUCCGAGGAAGAAAGGAGCUUAUCAGCCUUGUGAAGAAUUCUAUGCAAUGUGCAAAUAACAGUUCAAUAAAAGGUCCUUCUUCUCAUAGGAAAAGGGUCACUGCUCCGUCAGGCAAGGUAGAUGGCAAGAUUUUUUAUCUCACCCCAAUGCCUCUACAUUCAACCACUGUUGCUGCAGGUUUAUUGAGAAGCAAAGGAGAUGGAAAACAUAAAAGAGAAGGUUCAUGUGUUGGAACCAAGGGAUUCCGGGCGCCAGAGGUUUUGUUUAGGUCUCAAUUUCAGGGAAGCAAGGUUGAUAUUUGGUCGGCUGGAGUCACUCUACUGUACUUGAUGAUCGGAAAGACUCCUUUCACUGGCGACCCAGAACAGAAUAUAAAAGAAAUUGCUAAAUUGCGGGGCAGUGAAGAGCUUUGGGAAGUGGCCAAACUACAUGACCGUGAAUUAUCUUUUCCAGUGGAGUUACUUGAUGACCGGUACUUACAGUCAUGGGACAUAGAAAGCUGGUGCAAGGUUCACACGAAGAGGCCAGAGUUUCAUGAACACAUCCCGAAAUCAUUAUUUGAUUUAAUAGACAAAUGUCUAACAGUAAACCCAAGAAAUAGGAUCAGUGUCGAAGAUGUUCUAAGGCACGAAUUCUUUGCCUCAUGUAAUGAGAUUAUGAGGAAGCAAAGGAUGAUUCGACGAGGUCUCAGCUCGGACACCGCAGCUCAGAGCAAACUGAAAUCAGUUGCAUCAAGUAUAGGUGUUUUUGGUAACAACAGUUAGUGGAUAACUAACUACUGUAUUUUUUAUUUUUCUACCUACGGGGGUUGACACAAGAGGGUUUCCUAUACUCAUGAUAGCUGUAUAUAUGACUAUUUCAGAGUAAACGAGCGCAGCGUAACUUGUAAGUUGUGUAAGCUGGUUAAAUUUAGAACAACAUAUUUUGUAUUUAUUCUUUUAUUGCUGUAAAGCGUUUUCCUUUUUUUCUUUGGUUCCUUCCUCAAGGUGGUUGAAAUGAAUUUUUGUAUUUAGUUCAAGCUUUUUUUUAUAACUUUUUCAAGGAGGGGUCACCUUCAGAAAUGUCACAUAAAAACAACCAUUAGAGAUAUUCAAAAGUUAU